AUGGCUCCUCUAAAGAGUCUCCUUCGGCCCUGGCAAAAGGAUGAAAAAUAUGACGAGAGACAAAGGGCACCAUCCUCCUACAAUCCCCUCUAUUCCUACCGACUCUCUCGAGGAAACAUCAAACAGUACCACCAGCAAUUCGGCGACAUGUACUUUUUGCGCUUGGCCAAACUGAAGCCUGUGGUAGAAAAGAUUGCUGAAGAAGACUGGGCCGACUUUGAAAUCGCAGGAGAGAAAGCACAGAGAGUGGACAGAGUGUUGGACGUCCGUCAAGGGCAGUUGUGCUGGGUAGUCGGGACAAUCUACAUGGACAUGCCGUUGAAACCAAAUAUCCUGGAGGAUAUAUCGAAAGAGCAUUGGGUUGCAGGAGCGCCGCCACGGCACUCAUACUUGAAUGUCGACGGAGAAACACAGGUCAUGCUGGAGGAUGAAUCUGGUCGACUUCGACUGGCGGGAGCGACGCUGAAAAGUAAUCUACUGGUCACCGGCGUCAUAGUUGCGGUGCUGGGCACCGAAACCGCGAAUGGAGACUUUGAUGUGCUAGAUAUACACAUCCCCGACCUACCACGACAGCCAAGAAGAUGGGAACGGGACGAUGAGGAAGACACAAAGAUGGAGGUCGAUCAACAACGGAAGAAGAUCGCCCUUAUCAGCGGGCUUGACUUCUCGGAGACGGAAGCUGACACGCUGAACACCUCACUUCUCUCUGAGUUCUUGCUUGCCGAGGCUUUGGACGAAGACGAUCGGGAGGAGGCCAGCCAAAUCUCUCGCCUCAUAAUCGCAGGCAAUUCAAUCGCCUCCGAUCUGCUCCCAGGUCAUCAGAUGUCGAUCGAAGAUGGCAAGAAACCUGGCAAUCGCAGGUAUGGCUACGACGCGGCUUCAUACAAUCCCACACCCACAGCUCAUCUCGACCGAUUCCUUGCCGAACUCCUGCCCAGCAUACCAAUCACAAUCAUGGCAGGCGAACAAGAUCCUGCAAACGCAAGCUUACCGCAACAGCCCAUCCAUCCAGCCAUCCUGCCGUAUUCUCGAGCCUACGCCACCAGUAACAUCGCCGAUCCGGAGGAGGAGGAGCCAGGAUGGCUGGAUAGCGUGACGAAUCCUUGGGAUGGUGAUGUGGAUGGAUGGCGUUUCAUGGGCAACAGCGGCCAGCCUGUGGAUGACAUCCUCAAGUACGUGGACUUUGGCGGACCGGACGGAAAAGACGCAGACGGGAGAUUGGAAGUCAUGGCCAGCCUGUUGCGAUGGCGAUGUGGGGCGCCCACCGCUCCAGAUACACUGUGGUGCUAUCCAUUCCAAGACCGCGAUCAGUUUGUCAUUGAAGAGUGCCCCCAUGUCUUCUUUGUGGGAAAUCAGCCGAGAUUUGAUACUACGGUUAUCGAUGGUCCUGACGGGCAGCAAGUCCGACUUAUUGCGGUGCCGCGGUUCCACGAAACUGGAGAGCUUGUCUUGGUCGAUGCAGAGACGCUGGAGGUUGAGGUGGUCAGGUUCGAUGUUCAUGAUCCGGCGUAA